UUAAAUCUGUAAAAAGUCGUGUUCCCACAACCAUUAUGUGCAGCUUAAAAACUUUUUCUCAAACACUUUUGGCAUGAAUCUAUCUUGCCUGAGUCAUUUGAUUGUCCAAUUUGUGAUUUACGUUUCGUUAUAAAUCAAUUCCUAAUACUUUGAAGUGCAUGCUGCAAAUUGCAGUGACUAAAGCUGUAACUUAGUAAGUAGAGAAGGCAAAAUGUUUAGGAACUCAAUUUUAAAUAGAACAACAUGCGAGCUUGCCAUUGGAAUCUGGCUUUUCCUGGCUCUCAACUCUGUUUCCAGCAACUUGAUUCAAGUUAAUAAAGUCGCUUUGGAAGAUGGCCUACUGAUUACGCCGGAACUGAUCAUGAAGUAUGGCUAUCCAGCGGAAACCCAUAAAGUGAUCGCCAAAGAUGGCUUUGUCCUCACGGUACAUCGUAUACCCAAGCCAGGUGGUCAGCCGGUUUUAAUGGUCCAUGGAUUGUUUGACAGUUCCGUGGCCUAUGUGAUCCUGGGACCUGGUCGCUCCCUGGGCUUCCUACUCAGCGAUUUGGGCUAUGAUAUAUGGCUGAUUAAUACCCGAGGAAAUCGGUAUUCGAGGAAGCACAAGCGAUAUCAUCGGUAUCAGCCACAGUUCUGGGAUUUCUCCUUUCACGAGUUAGGAAUGUACGAUCUACCGGCUACUAUAGACUAUAUCCUGGCCAGGAGCAAGGGAUUUCAGCAGCUGCACUACGUGGGCCACUCCCAGGGCACCACCUCCUUUUUUGUGAUGGGCAGCGAGAGGCCUGGCUACAUGAGAAAGAUCAAGUCAAUGCAGGCCCUGGCACCUGUGGCCUAUUGGGAUCACAUUGAUUCACCAAUUAUCCUCACAUUGGUCAAGUAUAUGCGACCCAUAGCGACUCUUCUGAGAACUUUUGGGAUUUAUGAAGCUCCCCAGAGUGAGGUGUGGCGCAAACUCUUACACCGACUCUGCAGCUUUGUCUUUCAGAACACCUGCACUUACCUCGUGCAGGAGGUAAUGGGAGUGGAUUAUAAGCAGUUCAACACCAGUCUGGUGCCUCUAUUCCUGGGACACACACAGGCAGGAUCGUCCGUCAAGUCCGUUGAGCACUAUGGCCAGCAGAUCCACAGCGGUGGAUUUUUCAAAUACAAUUACUAUAAUACCUGGGAGAAUCGGCGACAUCAUGGAGCCGACACUCCGCCACAGUACAACGUAUCGAGGGUGGACUGUAAGGUGGCCCUGUACUACAGUAAAAACGAUCGACUGACCUCGGAUAUCGAUGUGGUGCGACUGCGGGACAAUCUGCCGAAUGUGAUCCUUGAUUACUUGAUAGAAGAUCCUCUCUUCAAUCACGUCAACUUUAUAUGGGGCAACAAUGUAAAUAUAAUCAACGAUCGGGUUUUGGACGUUAUACAGAAGGUGGAAAAGGGGGAGUUUUAAAAGAGAUACUAGAAAUGAUUACAAAAUGCCAAAUACUAAACUAAAUUAGGGGAAUUAAUCUCUAUCCAACUUAAUUUAAGCCAUACGAAUUAUUUUUAAGUUGUAAUUGGUAAAGGAUGUACUAUUAAGGACGGAAAGGUAUUAAUUAAAUCAAGUAUUAAUUUAUAAGAAACUGCCUAAAUAAAACCUAUUUCGAAUUAAUUAAAUUAAAAUA